UUGUCCUUCAAAGACAGAGUCCCGGUGCCCAUAGCGAACCCCAGUAGGGCUAAACCGAAGCUCGAACGGGCAGUACAGUCUACCCGCGUUCGCCAAAAGCAACCAAAGGCUCAGAAGCCACCUCCGCGCAAACCACCCAAAACCCUGGAUGACUACUGGUUCCAUCGUAGCUAUGGACCAGGAGCUCGCAGUUGCAGGAAGCCAUACACCUACGCGACGGGAAAAGGAAUACCGGGUAUCGAUCUUUUGCAGUACUAUGAAUUGCUUAUCGAUUCACGUAGACUGCAGUUGAUCAACCCAGAGUCGAAUAUUAAAGUCACUGGUCUCAAAGCUCGAACAGACGUUUACCGAAUCACGGGUUUAAUGCCUGAUAUCCAUGUGGAUUUCCAGACAUUGAUCGCUUGA